CUAGGAGUCUUACCUACCCAAAAAGCCCUAUCUUUCACAGACUCCGAGGUCACUGAAGCCCUCCGAAGCCGGCUCUUUUACCCAAUUAAGCCUAUCAGCCUACCCUGUAGCUCUUGCGGAGCUAUAGCUGCCUUAGGCCAUCAGGAUACCUGCAAGGGUGCUAAUAGAAGGUGGAUUGCAAGGCAUGACGCUAUAACUAGGGCCUUUAUAAGGGCCCUAAGUAGCCAGCCUACCCUAGAGGUCGAAAAAGAACCCCUAGUCCACCCAGAAGCUAGCCUAAGGGCCGACUUUGCAGUUAACCUAGGAAAUAGCCGCUAUUACUAUGAUAUUCAAAUCGUAGCUAUUUCAAAGGAUUCUGCUAAAGAAGACCCUUAUAGUACCCUUAGAGAGGCCGCAGAAGAAAAACGCAGAAAAUAUAGGUCUCUCGGAGCCUUUUUUCAGCCUCUUAUCAUCUCAGCAGGCGGCCUUAUGGACCUAGAGACAGCUAAGACCUAUCAGAAGCUCCAGGACCUUAUUGGCCCCUUUGCGGCUAACCAGCUAGACUCCUCUAUUAGCCUUGCCCUUAUGAGGACUAGUGCGACCUCUGCGGCUUCUAUAGCCCGAGAUACCCCUAGUAACCUAGCUAGGUCGAUCUGGAAUACCUCUAGGGCUUCUUAA